GAAACAAAAAGGCAAAAAAUAUUGACAAAAUUUCAACAUCAAAUUUCAGGAAAUUAAGGAAAAAAACAGUGGAAAUGCAGAGACUAAUUAGGGUUAGGGUUUCAAAGCAUGGAUUCUCCUGAACCUUCUAAAUCCCCAAUUUCCUCUUCUUCUGCUGCAGCCUCUACUUUUUCUUCUUCCCCAGUUCAAGAAUCCCCUUUUUCCAAUUACAUUAGCAGUCUGUCUCCUAUAAAGCAUGACAAGGCACCGCACGUAGCACAAGGGUUCCUGGGACUUAAUUCCCCCCCUCUUGUAUUUACAUCUCCAUGCAUAUAUACACGUAGAAGGCUUCAGUCAUCCAGCCUGGUGGUAUCUCAAAGUGGUGAAGGGGACAAUAAGAAAACCUAUGAGCCUGGUAGUUUGGAAAGAUCUGUUACUGAAUUGCAACAAGGGUUGAUCACUGAUAUUAAGGAGGUUGAUACCAAGGACUCUGUGUCAGUCCAACCCAGUAGUUCCUCUGGAUGUGUUGAUGAAUUCUUGGCCGAUCCUGUGGAAGCAGACUGUGCAAACUCUGCAUAUUCAGUCAGUUCAAAUUUGAAACAAUCUAAUAAUGUGCUUCAAUCAUCAGUAAAUGGUUUGCUAGAUUCAAAGAAUUUAAAAUUUGGCGACGAAAAUGAUGUGGGGAGGGAAGUUGAUGCCGCUCAAUUGUUGUCUGGGCAGAGUGAAGAAGGCCUUGAAAGAAAGUUAACCUUUGAUGACAAGCCAUUGAAGAUUGAAAAUAAGCAACAAGGUGGUCAGGGGAUAUCUGAUGAAGGCCAAAAGUUUGAGUCUGAUGCAUUUGUUCUUUCUUCCGAGGAAAAAGAAUGUAAAAACUUGGGUCGUCAGAAAGUAGUAGAGGACCAUGGGGAUGGACGCUUUGGAUUCCUUCCAUUGCUGCCUGAAUCAUUGCAAAGGGUUCAGGCAUAUGGAGAUUUUGCUGAAAAUGUUGACAGAGAGGCAGAUGUUCUAGUUCAUAGCAUGACAGAUGAUCUUGAGGCUAGUGAACACCAACAUGGCAUGAGUAGGCGUUGCCUUCAAUUUGGAGAAGCUCAACCAGAAUCUACAGCAAACUGCAGCAGUUCUUCAAAUAUAGAAAAUAAUGUGAUGACUUCAACAUCACUUGCUAAAACUUCAGAAACAGAGGGUUUGGGUCCAUCUCGUGUAGAUUUAAAUGCUACAUCAAGAAAGAGGCAACUGGUUAACUUGUCCCAUUUAGCAAUAAACAUGAUUCCCCAGUGCUAUGGUGAGAAGUCUUCGUUAACUGUUUCCAAGCUGUCAGGUAUUGGCUUACACCUAAACAGCAUUGUUAAUGUGUUACCAAUGGGUAGAGGUGGAACUGCAAGCAUGAAAUUGGCAGUGGAUUGUAUGCGUAUAGAGGGGAUAAAAUCAAUGUCCAUUCCGAGUUGUCAGUCAGCAGAAAACAUGAAGAGUUGCUCAGAUGCAUUUGACAAAGUAUCAGUUGCUUCUCUGGAUGGAACACUCGAAGCGCAGGUUUGCACGAUUGCAGGUUCUGCUGCUUCUGAAUCACUCUGCACCAUGGAAUCAAUUGAGUGUCACACGACUCUAAACACAAAGAGAAAGCUUUGCUCAGAGGAUAAAGAUAGCAAUGAGGUGUUUAACCAACAAAGCCCCAAAAGGAAAAGGAAGAAAUUAUCAAACAGCACAGAUGGUGACGGUUGCAAGCGUUGCAAUUGCAAGAAGACAAAGUGCUUGAAACUCUAUUGUGAUUGUUUUGCUGCUGGAAUCUAUUGUGCUGAACCUUGUUCCUGCCUAGGUUGCUUCAACAGACCCGAGUAUGAAGAUACAGUUCUUGAAACACGUCAACAGAUUGAAUCACAUAAUCCGCUAGCAUUUGCUCCCAAGAUCGUACAGCCAUUCACUGAGUUGCCGGAAGAUGGAAACCGGAAGACACCAUCCUCAGCAAGACACAAAAGAGGAUGCAAUUGCAAAAGGUCGAUGUGUCUGAAAAAAUAUUGUGAAUGCUACCAGGCUAAUGUUGGUUGCUCUAUUGGAUGUCGAUGUGAGGGGUGUAAAAAUGUCUAUGGUAAGAAGGAAGCUUAUUUUGUGACUGAAGACAUGGUGAACAGUAGUGGUGGGAAGAAAUCAGAAAGCACAGUGGCGGCUAAGAAGGAUUUCUUGCAUUCUGAGUUGUGUGAUCCACACUAUCUUACACCUCUGACACCUUCAUUCCAGUGCUCAGACCAUGGAAAGAGUGCACCCAUAUCCAGACUUCUUUCUAGGAGAUGCCUUCCAUCACCUGAGUCUGAUCUUGCCAUCUUAUCAUAUGAAAAAUCUCCAACAUCUCCAAGAACUUCUGAUAGCAAUGACAUCCUGCUGGAAAAAAGUAAAGAAAAUUUGGAUGUUGGUUCUUACUGUAAAGGAAUCAAUUACAACAAUGCAGACAUGCUUACAGAUGAUUUCCAUCACACUCCACUGCCAAAUCAUCCCUCAAUUAUUAAAGGUUCAUCAACAUCUAAAGCAAGGGAAUUGACAAGUCUUUCACAGUUCCAACUGGGCCUUAGAAGUGGUUCUCUCACUUCAGGGUCCCUUUGUUGGCGUGGCUCACCUAUUACACCAAUGUCUCCUUUAGAUGGGACUAACAAGCUUCAGGAGCUUGACUCUGAUGGUGGACGUUAUGACAUUUUGGAGGAUGAUACACCAGAGAUAUUGAAAGACACUUCUACGCCCAUUAAGUCUGUGAAAGCAAGUUCCCCAAAUGGAAAGCGAGUUUCACCUCCUCACAAUUUGCAUCAGCUUGGAUCAAGCUCUUCAGGACCUUUAAGAAGUGGCCAUAAGUUCGCUAAAGCUGUGCCUUCUUUCCCACCUCUCACUCCUUGCAUUGAUUCAAAAGGCAGCAGUAAUCAGAGUAGAAUCAAUUUUCAAGAAAAUAGUAGCAACGAUUGAUCAUCAAACCUGCACUUUAGAGUACCAGAGUGGCCACAAUGUGAGAGUAGCAGACAUUCCCAGACAGAGAAUGCUUAUACCUUAUGAUCCGUAGUCU